CAUUUUUUAAAUUUGUGUCAGGGAGAAUGUAAACAGCAGUAAGGUCAUAAUGGUAAUAUUGUUUUCUCCAACAGGAUCUCAACCUUUUUUUUACUCGCAAAAAGUUUUUGAUCAUCCAGUACUUGAUGUCACUGAUACAGUUGUCGAGGUCAUUAAAACGGCUGAGGAUAUCAUGGGAAAAUGAGCAACUGAGCCUUGUGGGACCUCAAAGAAAAUGUCAUAAUUGCCAGUUUAAAAGUUGUCAAGAGACACAGAGAAUGUCCUGCCAGUUAGAUAGGAAGAGAGCCCCUUUAAGACAUGGCCACAUUGCCCAAAUGAAUUUUCUAGUUUACUGAUUAAAAUGCUGUGGUUGACAGUAUCUAAGGCUGCAGUCCGUUCUAGAAAUACUAGGAUAGAAGGUUUGUUUGCAGCAUUGUUGAUCUUUCGAUCACUGACUGCUUCAAAGCUGUUUCAGUGCUGCGGUUGGUUCUGAAGCCAGAUUGAUCCACAUUAUAUAGAUUGUGGAGGGGCAGGUAAUUAUGCAGUUGUUUGUAGACAUCCUUUUCAAAUAUUUUACUAGGAAAAGGGAUAUUGUAGAUUGGUCUGUAGUUGCUUAUCACAGAUGGGUCUAAGGGGUUCUUUGGAAAAAAAUUGUGGAGGUGCAGGUGGAGGAGUUUAGCUGCUUUAUCACCUCCUUGGGAUCAUAGAGGUAGUAGGUGAAAAAUUAUGCAUUGUGCCCACAGUAGUGUGAUGGUGUAGGGGCAUUAGAUAAACGAAAGAUGACUAGGGUUGGAGAUCUGAAGGCAUCUGAAGGAAGUCUGUGAAUAAUGUCAGACGAGAUGACCUGGGCAGUGGCGGAUGGGGGACGCAUGGCUGGCUGUCCAGCAGAAGGCAAACGUGAGGCAGAGGAGCAGGCGGUGAUCUUGAGGUACAAGAAACAAAAGAUCUGUCCUCUCAAGUGUACCUGAGCGCUGAGUUUCCCCCGAGCUUCAAAGACAUUUCAGACUGUAAAGAGUGCUGCUGAAGGAAUUUCAUCAUGCCCAUAAUCACCUGACUUGCAAAAACAGUUCUGAUAUUGGAUCAAACAGAGUAUUGAGUGGCACUACAGCUAUCCAAGGUUUUUGCUGAGUUCAUCGCUUUACAAAUGUUGAACCGAUGCAACCAACUCUACUGCGAGCUUAAGAGAUACACACCACAACUGACUGCUCUGUACAGGCAGAAGGCCAAGAGAGUAGAGGCCCUGUAGAGAUCCUCAGGAUUUAUGACCUUCAGGUUCAGCGACCUGUUAGCCCGGGCAGAGGAGUAUGAGGAUUCCCAGAUCAAGCCUCCCAAGUCCCACCGUAAGGCUUCGGCCUCCUCGCCUUGCUCCUGGAAAGGAGCGGCUCCGCCCACCAACAACGAGGAGGAGAGCACCUCCAGCAGUGCCUCGGUACAUAACCUCACCUCCACCUGCUCCUCUGUGUGAGGACAACCUGAAUCUGUGUCUUGUUCUUUAAUGUGACCCAAAUAUGGUUUCCAGUGGAUGUUCAGUCUGUGUUCAGGACAGAGCUGAACACCUCUUUUCUCUCAGCUGGACAGGAAACAUUAGCCUCGGGGCAGGGAACAAGACAUGGGGGAUCUAACCUUCUUUCUUAAGCGUCUGCUCAUUUGUGUGCUGUUGAAGAGGGCAAAUCGGCAAGUAAAAGCCUCUGAUGUAAAAUAUUGAUGGGGCGACAGGUGUGAUCCUAAACGCCCGGCAGGUCUUUGCCCAUCUGAUCGAUGUAUCACACAGCGAGGGGCUGCCAGCACCCCCACCACAGGCCGAACCACGGACCUCAGCACUGAUCCACCGAGCUUCACUCCUCCUGGAGGAGGAGAGGGGGGCGGUGAGCGGGCAGAAGGAGGUCAGGGAGGCCAGCCAGUCGUCCGGGAACUGUGGUUCAUUGUAGUGAUGGCAGGCAUCGCCCUGCUGCUGCUGGCCGUCGUGUUAGGUGUCAUGCUUCAUAAGGUCCUGAACAAACCGCCCUUAACCCGAGAGAGACCCCCGCUGGUGGCACUGACCAUGCAGAAGAGGAGCCCCAUGGCUGUUUAUCCACAUAGCAACUCUGUUUUGUUUGACACUGUACCUGACACAACAGGAUUCUCCAACAGUGUGACACUCAAGGCCUUCACCAUGAAGAUAGAGGAGGUGCUGGAUGCUAAAUGUGAGCCCGUCGAUGAGGUCCCACCGCAGGGUGAGCUGGGGAUCCUCAGCGUGAACUCCCUGAGGCGCAGCGUCAGCCAGGUGAUGGACGGGAAGUCCCUCACAGGAGACGACGAAGCGUGGGACCCAGACAUCUCAGGCCAUGACAGUGGGAUGUUUAUGGACGAUGAGGAAUUUGUUGACACCGUCAAAGGUUUCAGCACUGUGAGGAAGGAGCACACGAUGUUCACUGACACCAACGUGUGACCUGUGGAUGACCUUAUUAAAAAAAACAAUCUGGCAGGACCACUGGCCCUGGAUGUUUAACAUUUUUGAAAAGCAACGCCACUCAUUCACAUCAAAAAGUCCCGACCAGGUAACACUGUAGCUGGUCAGGAGAUGUGAAGAGGUCAGAGGAGCCAAACAUGACUCAUUACAGGAUCGGUGGAAUAACUGUGGCAACGUGGAGAAGAGGUGUAGCAGGAAUGUCACAGUCCUGACAGUUAAACGCAACUGGACAAGAUAAAUUUUGAGUGGGAAGGAUGAAGUGUGAAAGGAUAUGCUUAACAUUGAAAUUCCUCAUCAGUGAAUACAGACUCAACCCACAUGUUGAGAAAAAGACAAAACAAAGAUGUAGUUAUCCAUUUCUAUCUAUAUUCUGUCUAAAGAGAGGACUUUAAUUUGGUAAUUUUGUAAGAUGCAUCCUUGUAACGUUUAUUUUCAAUCUGCUGUCUGUGACUGGAAACAUCUGUAGUCUUCACGUCUUUGGAGGCUUUUUGGUUAAUGGAAGAGCAAAACCUGUUGUGAACUUGCAUUCUGGUGAAUCCAAGGAAACACUAAUUGAACUGGUGGAUGCAGCUUGCAAGUGCCAUUAAGUCAGUCAGCAGAGGACCAUGCACAAAAAGAUUUCCCUUCCCUUCUGUGUUUAUCUUUUUCCCCCUCAGUACUCGAUGUAUUUUGGGCCAUUUUGCCAGAAGCUGAGUGAUGAGGUUAACAAAUUACAGUGAGCAGAUCUGGUCUGGUCAGACUUGGUAAGAUGGGAAAUAUUUGGUUAGCAAGGAUUUCAACAAAAACUUGAUGGAUUGAAAAUGGGGAGUGGAAAUGGUUGGUUGCUACUUUAUUAAAAAGAGUAAAUGAUUCACA